GGGGGAGGGCUCGGCAGAGGUGAGCACGCAAACCGCCCUGGACCUCCUGCUGAGCAUGAGCGGCCAGCGGGAGCUGCCGGCCAGUGCCCUGGAGGUGGCCCUGGUGAAGGCGCCCUUGGAGUCCCGGGGCCAGGAGGAGGAGGAGGAGGAGCUGCAGGGCAGCCUGCUGGCCACCCAGGGCACGGAUCAGAGGGAGCCCCUCGUCCAGCCCCCCACGGGCCCCUCCGAGGUCCAGCACAUCACCCUCCCCUUCUGCAGCGCCCCCGAGUACAGCGUGGUCUCCGCCAGCGGGGAGGUUGCCGGCACUCUGUACGGCCAGGAGGUGGUGCAGGUCCCCGAAGGUGCAGCCGCCCAGACUGUCAUCCAGGACUCCCUGGAGGAGGCUCCCGCAGUGCUAGAGGGGCCCCAGCAGCCCCCACCACCUUCCGGGGAGGCCAAUGGGGAUCCCCUGCCGAGCGCCCAGUGGCCGGUGGUGCGCUGCCUGGCCUGGCAGGCCCAGGAGCAGCCGGAGGCCGGCGGGAUCUCCCUGGUCCCGGCAGAGCAGCCCCCCCCGGGCAGGAGGCCCCCGCCGGGCCAGGCCCCCCCGGCCAAGAAGUUCUCCUGCAAGAUCUGCAGCGCCUCCUUUGCGGGCCGGGCGGAGAUGGAGAGCCACAAGCGGGCCCACACCGGGCCCAGCGGCUUCAAGUGCCCCGACUGCCCCUUCACGGCUCCCGCCUGGCCAGAGGUCCGGAGCCACCUGGGGCCGCACGCCCGCCCCCGGCCCCCCAAGUGCCAGCACUGCAGCUUUGCCUCCAAGAACAAGAAAGACCUCCGCAGGCACACGCUGACCCACACCAACGAGAAGCCCUUCGCCUGCCCCAUCUGCGGCCAGAGGUUCAACCGGAAGGGCCACCUCAAGUUCCACACGCAGAGGCUGCAUAGCUCCGAGGGGAGGACGGCCUCCGAGCCCCUCCCCAGCGCCCCCCAGGCCCUCAUCCUGAACAGCCACGAGGAGACCCUGGCCACGCUGCAGA